AUGCACCGGAAUGGUUCUUGGAGACGUUCGAAAAUAGCUUCAUCGGCAGCACCAACCGACAACGGCGGUGACGAGGCAACAAAAAAUCAGGAGAUAUCAAGUGAUGAAGGGGACUACAACUGCAAGGACAGUGGCACGAUCGUGGAUGUAGAUCUGUUCAAAGCGAUUGGCGUGUACCAGCUGCUGCACCCGGUCGAGUGCGGUUUGGACAGUGGCCUGUGCCGGAUGGCAGUGAAGAUAAUCGUGGGCCUGACACUGGGGUUGCAGUCGAUACAGGUGUGCCGGCUGUACCUGGCAAGGUACGACAUCCCGAUGUUCGCCAACAUGGGCGUACUGGUCGUUUACGGAUUAAUGUGCCUGUUCAAGGGAUACACGUUGGCGACCCAUGCCGAUAGGAUAUGCACCACGCUAGAGGUGGCUCGGUACUCUUUCACCAGUUGCGGUGGCCGCUACCCGUCCCUUAUGCGCCAGUGCCGGGCCAGGUUGUCCACUAUACUCCGCACGUUCGUCGGGCUCAGCUUCGGCACUCUAUUUGUGUGGUUGAUCAUACCGUGGUUCUUGACGUCCGAGUACGACGACAAGCCCAUCGUCUGGGCUGUAGUGUACGUAGUCGAGUCCAUCAUAUUCACCGUGAAUGUGUUCUGCUGGACGUCGUUUGAUUGCUACCUGGUCACCAUGUGUUUCGUGUUUGAGGCCGUGUUCCGCACUAUGAGCUACGGCUACGAGAAUGUCGGCCGAGUGCACCGCCUGUAUCCACACGCCGUUCAACCAUUCUUAGACUACCGUAGUAAAGAUUCGGACAUUCAAAGCGACGUACCACUAAAAUUCCCGGACCAUUAUGAUGAUUUGAUUAACCACAUUAAGGACAAUCAAAAGAUAGUCGAGAAGUACGAAACAUUUUUCGAUGUCGUCCAACCUGUGGUCUUGCUUCAAAUUGCUGAUGGUUCGUACUCCGUAAUCACAUUGAUUUUUCUCAUCUCAAUUUCGUAUCUUAAUGGUGAUUCAAUUAUAUCCCCGGCGAUUUUGAAAUUUUUUUGCGGCCUGGCCUCGGUCAUCAUUGAACUGUUCAUCUUUUGUUACGGAUUCAACCACAUAGAAGUCGGGAGAUCCACUGUAAAUUUCGGGUUGUACUGCUGUGAUUGGACAGAGAAGGAUUUAAAAUUUAAAAAGACUGUGUUGUUGGCCAUGUCCAUGAACUCUGCUCACAAGCAAGUGAUGAAAUUGUCACCAAAUUCCAUCGUAAAUCUGGAAAUGUUCGCCCGGGUGAUGAACAUGUCUUAUACGAUAGUAUCUACAUUACUAAGUUAAAGUAAUGAACAAGCAACUGACGGAAGGGACCUGUAGUUUAUAAAGUAGCAAACUAAUCUUUCAAUCAAUCAAGGAUUUUUUUGAAUACGUUUUAAAGACUUAAAUAUCUGUAUUUUUUUUUUUGAAUACUUAGAUUACAGAUGGUAUCACUUUCAGGUUACCUUUCUUUUAAUAAAAUAGUAUGAUGUAAUUCGUCAUUGAAAUAUGUGAACCAAGAUAUAUUUUUAAACAGAUUUUAUAUGACUAUUUCGGUUGUAUGUAAAUAAUAUAUUCUUGAUGAUAAUGAUUAUAUUUUAGACUCUAAGUGGAGCUAUAUAAUCAUCGAUUUUAUAAUGUAAAUCCUAAUCCAACUUUAUAUUUAUUAUAGUCUCAAUUUAUGUAAGAAAAUAUGUAGAACUUUGUGCUUUUUUAAACAAAGAGGGGAAGUGGAUGUCGCUCAUCUGUACAAUUGUUUAUAAGUGGGUCUGGUGCUUAAUAUAAAUUUAAAAAUAGUAAAAUAUAACCUUUUUGUCUUUUUGUUUAAUUAAAAAAAAAAGACAUCUCUUAUUGCUAUAGUUGACUUUUGUUCCAAUGUACAUGUCUUUUUUUUUACUCUUUCACAUAUAAAAUUACAUGUGGUUUUAUUUUUGUUGAACUAGGGGUACUUUUAAUUUUUUUUGCUAAAUCUUUGUGCACUUACCAUCUAUUUAUAUAUACGGUGUACAUACGCUAUAUAAUGAUCAUGAUCAU